UUUUUGACUCGUUUGUUUUUCCACAUUUAGCAAUUUUUGAAAUAAAACUUUGGUAACCAGUACACUUGUCCCUGGGUACUUCAUGAUAGGCUGAGUGAAAGGAACCAAAAAAAUAUGACUAUAUGACUCGUGUUGAAAUUCGAUUCGUUCAAAGUACAAAAAUGGUCUUUUUUUAAAAAUUAUGUAGAAAUGUUUAUAAUUUUCGAGUGCUUGUUUAAUUUCUGCCAAGGAUGGCUCGUCCUGUAGUACAAUUGCUUAUUUUAUUGCUCGCUAUUCCGGCGCAAUAUUUUAUAACUUUGUGGGGCUCGAAUAGCACAGAUGACACGUCCAUCAAAGUCAGAAAGUGAGUGAUUAUUUUUCUUUUAAAUUCUCAAUAUUUUUAACGUGCCAUCUUGUAGUAUGCAAGGCAAUGGUGAAUAGUUUAUUUGGAUGAAUAUACAAAGUGUACUAAAUAACUAAAGUUUAAUUUUUAGGCCUUAAAAUAUCUUACAGGGCCGUUUCACAAAAUGUCCAAUUGCUUUGAAUUUGGGUCGGACAUAUGUGUGAUAUGAUGUCCGAUGAUCUUCAGUUCAGUUUGGCUCGGAAAUAAGUUGAAUGACGCAAAUAUCAGCAUAACGUAUUAAUUCUGGACAGUAAAUGUUGUGAAGAUAAUAAAUAAUUUGUGUCAUUCAUACUUAUUUCCAAGCAAAAAUUAACUUGCUUCCCAAGAACAGCAGUAUAUAUAAGCUAAGGUAAAGGGCCACCCACCCUCCCCAGAUUACGUCAAUAGCCCUAUUCACAUUAGAGACGGACAAGUCGUCUUGAUGAACAAAUUGUCUCUCAAAAAUCGUCUUCACAGACGGACAAGUAGUCGAACAAAUUCAGAUGGCUUGUUUGUCUAAAAUUUUGUCCGACACGUUUUCACAUCUGAUGAUUUGUACGACUAAAAGACGAUUUUGAGACAAUUUGUUCGUCUAGACGACUUGUCCGUCUCCUAAUGUGAAAACGGCUAAUCGAUAUUCAAUCGUAUUUUGACUUUCGUAUUUAUAAUACAAAAGCUGUACUAACUGUGAUAUAGUUACUUUGGAAAUUAAUUGUCAUAUUGCCAUGAGAUAACAUCGACAAAGUUCACAUAAAAACCCACCCAUCCACUCGUAACGUCGAUCAGUAACGUAGCCAGCCUGACGAUUUAGUCCCGCUAUUCAAAUAUUUUUGUGUUCAUUGACUGUGAAAACAAUCAAUUUCUAAAGAAAUGAAUAAUGAUAAUAAUUUUGAAUUUGCAAUAUGUCACUGACGUUGAUUCGAUGUUAUUUGUGGCAACAUAUGGAUGUGGCCCCUAAGAUGUCAACAACUUAAGCCCGUUUUCCACCAUUUCGCUCGCCGUCAGCAACAUUUUGAUUUACGUCGGACAAAGCUACAGUUGACCUCAGUUUCACUAUUCCAGACUUGUAACAACUCUACAAGAAUUCUGUAAGAAAUGGUUCGUGCCGAGGACUUGGUUGGACGAGUUGAAAAAGCUUUGGUUCUACCUGACCGACAACCAAGGCCAGUGUGUUGCCGUGGAGGUCAUGAAAUAUCGCAGCGAGGUUGGCUAUUUUGGUAACAGUCCCGAACCGAGACACGAAAGAUCGGCCAAAGUGAAGUACAGGAUUGGUCAGGUGUUCUUGCAUAAAUCGGCUGGUUACCACGGCGUCAUUAUAGGCUGGGACACCCAUGCCAGGGUAUGAAAUUUCUGGUUUUAUAUGCUUCGUAUGGAAAAGUUUAUAUAUCCACAUGACUGGUAUUUCACAUACUAGCCAUUUUUUAUUGAAUUUUAUAUGUAUUAGCCCGUUGAUGGGUUAAUCAAAUAGUAUUUUGAGGCAAUUUUUAACUUUAUUUAGGCGCCUGAUACCUGGCUUGAGGAACACUAUGGAAGUAGCGCAAUGGUGA